GUUUGAACAUUCCUAUUUCCAUCGGACUUCUCCUUCCUUCUCACAAUCAAAUUUUAGCUUCUUUCUCUAUAAAAGCCGCCCGCCGCGUCUUUCUUCAUUCAUUCUCGGAGUCGUCUUCUCCACAACCCUCUAUAUAUCUUCUUUCUUCCUCUUUCACCCGAAAGCCAAAACCCUAACGAUGGCUUCUUUCAAGAUUUCUCUUUGCGUUCUCUGCGUGUUUUUUGUUCUUUCGUCGGCCCUCGACAUGUCCAUCAUCGAGUACGAUGAGCAGCACGGCGUGAAGGGAACGGGCCGCUCCAAUGAAGAGGUGAUGAGGAUCUACGAGUCGUGGCUUGUGAAACACGGCAAGAACUAUAAUGCCCUCGGGGAGAAGGAGAGGCGCUUCGAGGCUUUUAAGGAUAAUCUGCAGUUCAUCGACGAGCAUAACUCCGUCGAGGGACGGAGUUUCAAGGUUGGGUUGAACCGUUUCGCCGAUCUCACCAAUGACGAGUUCCGGUCCUUGUACGUUGGGGGAAGGAUCGACCGGAAGGGCCGGCUGAUCAAGAGUACCAACAAAAGGCACGCUUUCCGCGACGGCGACGAUCUCCCGGAAUCCGUUGACUGGAGAGAGAAAGGUGCCGUUACUCCGGUCAAAGAUCAAGGCCAGUGCGGGAGUUGCUGGGCAUUCUCAACUAUUGGCGCUGUGGAGGGAAUAAAUCAGAUUGUUACCGGUGAUCUGAUCUCCCUGUCAGAGCAAGAACUGGUGUCUUGUGACAAGAUUUACAACAUGGGAUGCAAUGGUGGUCUUAUGGAUUAUGCCUACGAUUUCAUUGUCAAAAAUGGAGGGCUUGACACCGAGGAAGACUACCCUUACGAAGAGCGUGAUACUUCCUGUGAUAUUUCUAAGAGAAAUACACGCGUGGUUUCCAUUGAUGGGUAUGAGGAUGUUCCCGAAAACGAUGAGAAGUCAUUGAUGAAGGCUGUUGCACAUCAGCCUGUUAGUGUUGCCAUUGAAGCAGGUGGUAGGGCAUUCCAACUCUAUCAAUCGGGUGUGUUUACCGGGUUGUGUGGGACACAACUAGAUCAUGGCGUUCUGGCCGUUGGAUAUGGGAAUGAAAACGGAAGGGAUUACUGGGUGGUGAAGAAUUCAUGGGGGCCAAAGUGGGGUGACAAUGGAUACAUUAAGCUUGAGCGCAACUUCCACUUGGGCAAUACAACAACAGGCAAAUGCGGUAUUGCAAUGGAGGCUUCGUACCCCAUCAAGGACGGUCCCAACCCUCCCAAUCCCGGCCCAUCCCCGCCGUCUCCACCUCCACCGGAAAAGCCCCCCACCGAAUGCGACGACUAUAACAGCUGCCCCAUCGGCAGCACAUGCUGCUGUAUUUACCAGUACUCCAACAUCUGCUUCGGCUGGGGAUGCUGCCCUCUUGACUCCGCCACCUGCUGUGAUGACCACUCCACCUGCUGCCCUCCAGACUACCCCGUCUGUGAUACCACCCAGGGCACUUGCCGAAUGAGCGAGGGGAGCCCGAUGAAAAUAAAAGCAUUUAGGAGAGGACCUGCGAUAUCGAAAGGACUAAACUGGAAUCAAAUGCUCAAGUUUCACUGAGAUGGGGAUCGAUGAUGCAUGUUGGUGGUGUGGUUAGGUUACAAGAUAAUGGACAACUCCCACCGUUAGUUGUACAUACAUAUAAUAUAGCUUCGCAUUUUCCAUUCGAAUUUCUGACAUCAUUGUUAUGUUCUUCUAGCGAUUAUAUUUCAUUCGUGGUGCAUGGUAUAUAGUAUGUGGAAGAUGGAGGGAAGUAUAUGAAAUCGUCCAUGACUACUAAUAUAUCAAUGUGUACUAUGAUUUAGUUUCCA